UAGACAUAUUGUUGGAGCUUAUAACAGAGCAGAUGGCGUACCAAGAUACAUCCUUCAAAGAGUCGAAAAGGCAUUGAAUUAUUAUGGUUCAAAAGGCACUCGAAGGAAGAGAAAAGAUUUUAA